GGAUUUUGUGGCCUGAAUUUGCUUCCAGCUCUGAAGACGCCAGCAGGAUAGGACAACAGAACAAGACAGAAAAUGCCAGAGGUUAACCAGGCCUUUGUGACCCUGGCUACUAGUGAUGCCUACUGCAUGGGGAGUCUAGUGGUGGGCAAGUGCUUGCGAAGGCAUGGAACAACUCGAAAACUGGUGGUGAUGGUUUCUCCCAGCAUUAGCACAGAGGCACGUUUAUCUUUAGAAGAUGUCUUUGAUGAGGUCAUAGUGGUGGACAUGUUGGACAGCAGGGACAGGACUCACCUCUUCUGGUUGGGACGUCCAGACCUGGGCGCCACUUUCACCAAGCUUCAUUGUUGGACACUUACACAGUACACCAAAUGUGUGUUCCUGGAUGCUGAUACACUUGUGCUGUGUAAUGUCGAUGAGUUGUUUGAACGAGAAGAGCUCUCUGCGGCUCCGGAUCCAGGCUGGCCCGACUGUUUCAACUCUGGUGUGUUUGUAUUCAGACCGUCACUGGAGACCCACUCACGCCUGCUGGAGCAUGCCAAGAUGUGUGGCAGCUUUGAUGGAGGUGAUCAGGGACUUUUAAACACCUUUUUCAGUGACUGGGCAAUAAAGGACAUCAAUAAGCAUCUACCAUUCAUUUACAACCUUAGCACCAAUGCAAUCUAUACCUAUUUACCAGCUUUCCACAAGUACGGGCAUCAAACAAAGAUCGUCCACUUCCUGGGAAGGAACAAGCCUUGGCAUGUUCCAUACAAGCAGCAACCAUCCACUGAUGUUCCUCAAUGGGAUUCCAACAGGAACUUGGAGAAAUAUGUGAAUCUGUGGUGGGCGGAGUACUACGGUCCAACAAAAAUGCAUGCAGAUGAUGUAGAUGAGCUUCAGGAAUCUAAACCGAUUGAGCAACUAGGCAUGUUGACAGCUGCACCAUGUUCCACCCAUGUGGCCACUUCACCUCAUAGAUCACAGCCCUCUGCAGCUUCACCCACCACUCCUCAUCCUCAUAGGCGUGAGUCAGUCUCUCAGGCCGGGGACAGAGAAGAGAAAAUACCCAGCGAAUCACUCAGGAAGCUGACGUUGGAUACACCGAGCUCAAGUACGUGUCAUCAGCUGGAGGACAUGUGUUCUACUCCUGAUGUUGUAUCUGGUUUCGAUCCUGAGGAUUUGGAACAGUCUGAGCUUCAAGAACCACCCGUUGAACAAAAACAGGAAGAAGGCGUCUCAGGACCAGAAGCUUCCCUCUCAGAAACCGCAACAGACAACGACACACUGGAGGCUUUAAAAGAGAAUUUGAAGCAUCAGAAGAGAUGGGAAGAGGGACAUAUUGAUUACCUGGGCAAAGAUGCCUUUGAAAACAUCCAGAUAAAGCUCGAUCAAUUUCUCAAUUAACAUCUUGUGUUAUGUGUGUGAGCGAAUAAGUAACAAGUGUUCAUUGUCAUUUCACUAUGUCUACCUCUAUUAUUUUUACCCUACAGAUAAUCAAAGGGGCCCCUGAGUGGUGCAAAAAAAAAAAAGAGUCAAGAGAGCAAAAUUGGCUAUGCUGUCUGGGGGAAAGGAAUGGCAUACUCGUCUGUCAGAGCAACACCAGCAUGAAAACAUGGUGGCUGUGAGAUCAUGUAUGCAGAGGAGGGCAAAUCGCACUUUUCACGUUAUGGUGUCUUGUGACGAAACAUGAAAAACAAUUCGAAAGGAAGGAGAAAGAACAUAUUAUGCGAGAGGGGAGAGUUAGGUAGUGGGUGGGAACAGGCAGAUGACCAAAUUGGGGAGAGGGCAGAACCCUUUGGUUGUUAAAAGGUACAGAAAAAAAAAAUUCAGAAACACUUGUUUUGACUUUAUUUGUACCUUAUUUAGAUUUUCUAAAUGUAGAGGAGUAAAUAUGAACU